UGGGCAAAAGAGGCAACACAAAAACAACCAAAACCACCCUAAAGAAGUGCAAGAAGGAGAAGCAGAAGCAGAAAUAGUGCACAAGGGUGAAAAGUGGUAGAAAAAGUGGGGCGCCUCUCACACAGUGACGUAAACACUACGCGCGCGGUGCCGUCUUGGUGUGCACCUUCUGACCGCGAUCGGGUUACGCACUCACACACACCGACCGACUGACGGCAUUGUGGUAAUCACGGAACUCGGCCCUUGCAAAUGCAAAGGCAUGUCCUUCCGGUGCAGACCAAUUAGCAGCUCGGGACAGAACCAAUCGAGACAUGUGAUAAUAAUGUGCCGCGUGUGAAGAAAAACGGGAUACUUUUCUCCCUUGCUACAAAAAGCCAGUGCCACACGGGAAUCGAAAUCGGGACCAAUCAAACAAAAACACACGCAAGGAAGAGAAAGUGCCAGUACGGGGGAACAGCCAGUCAGUGUGUUGGCGUGUGUGUUUGUGCAGUGUUUAUUUUUAAUUGCCCUAAAGUCCUUUUCGUUUUGAUGUUUUGUUCGUGAAAAUAUUGUUCGCUCGACGGUGCUAACACUACGAUCCCGAGGCGUGAUAAAUGGCUCGGUUAAGAUAACACACGCACGCGUGAGGCAAGAGCGGUUGGGAGCAGUGGUGAAACGCCAGCAAAGUUAAGCAACACACCACUCUCUCACACACAUACACGGAAAGUGGCGCACCUAAUCCACAGCAGCAAAAAAGCCCGCGGAACGAAUUAACGAACGAUCUCAGGUUGCUUUGAUAAAAAGCAAAACGAAGUUGGAUUUUGCUGCACGACCACGAACACAGACCCCGAUCCCGCCAAGAUGAGCGUCUCCAAGUAUCUUCCCAUUCAUGUAUCCACCUCACAGAAGAUCAUUAUCCUAUCCGUAUCGGCUGGCGUGGCUCUGCUGGGCGCUCUUGCCGCGUACCUUGGCCGGCGGAGAACGCCGCUCCCGCAGCAGCGCCGGAUACGCAAGCCCGGCAACAGACGAACGCGCAACAGUGUCCGCAGCCCGAACGAUAUCAUGUCGGUGGCCGGCUCGAAAGUGUCCGCCCGCUCGUACAGUCCCAGCGGGUCCGUGCAUGCCAUCUCCGACCGCAUGUCGCUCGCGUCCGGGUCGCUAGUGGCCGCCGGAGGUCCGGUCGCAGCGAUGGGCACCGUCUCGCUGCUCGGAAACACAACGCCCCUUACCCCGCAGCAGCUCGGCGUGAUGGGCAUGGAGGCGCUCGAAAACGUGGUCAGCUACUGGGAGGACGCCCUGACCGGGCGCAACGAUGCGGACAUCAUCCCGGGCCGGGCCGCAAACGUCGAUCAGGACGAGUUUUGUCGCGAGCUGCAGAACCUGCUGGACGCUGCCUACAACCUGCAGGAGCAGGGUGAGCUGCUCUUCCUGGACGAACGAUCCGUGCUCUACCGGGACGAUGAGCGGAAAGCCAUUACCGGGGCGGAGCACGGCCUCACGAACGGGCACCGGUCCGGGUCGGAUCCGAACUUCGAUUCGGCGGAAAGCUUCGCGUCCGCCCUGGACCAGGUGGCCGAUCUGCGCGAGUUCGACGACACGGAAUCGUUCAUGGAUCUGGAACGGUAUCCGCUGUACUCGAGCGCGCUCGAAACGAUGGACGACCAGCAGAUACCGUACCGGACGCUGCGCACCGACAUGGUCGGCUGUGCGUCCGACACCGAGUACCUGGCGAAGCUGCACUGCAUACGGCUGGCCUUUAAGCUGCUGUUCAAGGAUCCCAAAAAUGGACGCUGGGUAGCGGACACCGGCCGGCAGAUACUGACCGAUCUGCUCUGCCUGGGCGAUAAGGAUCCGAAGGAUUUCCUCGUCGCGUACGAAUCGAUGCUAGAAUUUCUGCAAAACCCCAACAACUGGGUCGACAUCGAGCUGGAGCUGGAAUCGCGCAACGUCAAAGCGAUGACGUUCUACGACGUGGUGCUGGACUUUAUCAUACUGGACGCGUUCCGGGAUCUCGACGCGCCGCCCAACAGCGUGCUGGCCGUCAUCAACAAUCGCUUCCUGUCGAACGGGUUCAAGGAGUCGGCACUCGCGACCGCCGUCUGGUCGGUGCUGAAGGCGAAAAAGCGCAUGCUCAAGUUCCCGAACGGCUUCAUGUCGCACUUCUACUGCAUCACCGAGCAGCUGUCCCCGCUGAUGGUGUGGGGUUUCUUCGGGCCGAACGAAAACCUGAAGGACGUGUGCCAGUACUUCAAGGACGAGACGAUCGGCUUCCUGUGCGACAUCUACAGCUUCCAGAAGUGCCGGUACACCACGGUGGAGGAGCUGGCGGAGGACAUACUGGAGAAUAUGCGCAAGCGAGUGAACAACAUAGGCGUCAAGUUCAAUCAGUAGUGAUCGAUCGAUCAAUUGUGUUUUGUCCUGUUAUUUUUUUCGCUACUAAUUUAUUCCAUCCCUUCGGGGUGGAGCUCUUAAAGAUAAGGGAAUUUGUCUUUCUUUCUUUCUUUUGGUGUGACGAUCACCUUAAAUUUCCAUAAGAACAAAGCGGGCGACCACUUGUGUGGUAUGCGUAUGUGGUGGUGUUGGUGCAUCGGGCGACGAGAACAUGGUCAGAGCAAGCGGGUAGAUUUAGUACAACAAACUAUAACAUAAGCACCAUUUAAGAAGCAGGGGGCAUUAAGGGGGGUGGAAGGUGGGGACUGUAACAAAGUUGUUUCAAAUGCACACCACAUGGGCACAACACCACAAAUACACCAAGGGUGUUGUCGGAGGCUAUAAAGACAGCUAAGCGCGUAGGGAAAUAGCUUUAAUGAGUUGAAGAAUAAAUUUGCGCAUCAAAA